ACAAAGAGACAAAGCUACUUGGUUCGUGUCGACGGUUGAUACCACUAGAAAGUCGUUGGUAGUCCGUGGGUGCGGUUGUUCCGCGGUUAAGAGAAGGGUGCGUCGGUUUUGGGUAGUCGCGAGAAAGUUUUUCUCUGGCAGUUUGGUAAAAGGUGUUUUUAAACACAGAGUGAAAACAGCGUGGGAAGAGGAAAAAAAGAAGAAGAAGAGAGAAGAAACGAAGAAGUAAAUUCGAAGCGAGAGAGGGAAAAAGUUUUGAAACACGUCGGUUGUUGUGAUCGUUGGAACGAGUUUAUUAUUCGAGAAAAUCCAUCUCCGCAGUCUUGUCGAUUCUCACGGGCAUCCUAGGGAUCGGAGAAACGAUUUGGACCGCGCGUUUCUCAACAAGUACGAUUGAGUUAAAGACGGAAAAAUAUCGCUCGCGAUCGCGGCAUUACCGGCCACGAACACGACGAAAAAAUUCGAAAAAGGAUAGAUCAUCCGUUGAAACGGUCCGCGGCGAUCGCGUCGAAUAAAGAAACCGCUCGCGCGAGAUUGUGUUUGCCGAUUUGAUAUAUUCGUGGUGAGAAAUCUGUCGGUAGUCCCGACCCGACCCGGCAAUCACGUUUUUCCGCGCUGGAGCGUCGACGAACGAACCCGGAGUGCGACCGUGCGACGUGGCCGCCGCGACGCCAUUUUGUGAAGAUUGCUGUGUACGUAUCGCCGCGAGCAACAACGGCCCCUCUCGUCGCGCCGUGACCCAUCGUCGGAUCGGUGAAGAAACGGCUUGCUCGUUCUCGCUUCGAUCGCCGCGCGUCGUCGUCUCCUCCGUCGGAAUCAUCCCUGAAACUGGAAAAGGGUACGGAGGAGGAGGAAGGAGGAAAGGACUACCACCGCUGUGACAUAUACACAGAGGCUCGCACGUAACGGAGCAGGACGCUGCUCGCGGAUCAAUUCUCGUCCUGGGUGGCUUCGCUUGGCAACCAUGAGACUGGAAAUCGUGUCGGCGGCGGAUUUUCUGGUGCACCUGCUGCGUCUCCAGGCGGGACAGCUGUCCGAGCGUCAGCUCGAGAUGUUCAAGUCAUCGUUGACGGAGGUUCUACGUCAUCGUUACAGGGACCAUUGGUUCCCGGAUCGUCCGAAUCGUGGCUCCGGUUACCGUUGCAUACGCAUCAACGGUAAAAUGGACCCGGUGAUCGCGCAGGCAGGAGCGAACGUCGGUCUCCUGCCGACGGUGUUGCACAGCCUGUUCCCAAGCGAGCUCACCAUGUGGAUCGAUCCGUCGGAAGUGUCGUACAGAAUCGGAGAAAAUGGGUCCAUCUGUGUCCUAUAUGAACGCACCGAGCCCGACCCGGAGGAACAACACCAGUACCAGCAUCAGCAUAACCAUCAGCACCACCACCAGCAGCAACAACAACAGCAACAACAGUUCGAGAGCUGCAAGGACUCGUUGUUGCUAGAGCACUCGCAGUUCAGCGAGCAGAUCGCCGCGUUCGUCUCCAGUUGAAGCGUCUCACGGCGCACGUAUUCGUCAGCGCGACGACGCUAGGCGUCAUCCCGCUUCAUUUUUUUCCAUUGGACGUGCAUCACGCUCUCGGACUGAUCGAAGCAUUUCUCGCGUUUUUUUUUCGUGAUAUAUGUAUAUAUAUGUAUACAUGGUUGGUAUAUGUAUAUGUAUAUAUAUAUAUACGCAUAUAUGUAUACACAUAUUAUAUAGAUAUAUACAUAUACGUGAUCCGUGCUCCCCUCUGGCAAGUGAAAAGAAGAAUUUGUAUUUGGAGUCGUGUAACGCGAACGCGCGCGCGCGCAGUCUUCUCGACUAUAUCGAACACCAGCAGUUUCCAGCAAGCGACGAACAGCGAAAAACACGAGCGUAUAUAUUGAAAGGAACGAAUGAAAAUCCGGUUUCUUUUCUGGCAACUUCUGUGAAGAAUUAUUCGUCCAUGAGUGGUGACCCGAUUGGUCCCACCCAGCAUUUGCCAACCACGACUGACUCUAGUCCAGCCGUGCGCGGGUGACUCCCCGAAAUUUCUCGGGUCACGCUUGCCGCACGGCAGAUGUAUCAUCAUCGUCAUCGUUUGAACACACGACACAAGGAUAGCGCAGCGCGUUCGCGUGACAACGACAUCGUUGUAUUACCCGUUAAAGACCAGCAGACGUCGAGCGUCCCGGCGCGUCUCGCGAGAAGACAACCGGGCUCUUUCUUUUGUUCCAGUCACCAGGGGAAGGAGCAGCGGCCGCCCAGCGAGACCGCCACCGCUGAAAAGCGAGGAGAAGUAUCACGAAAAAAAAGCUAUAAUAAAGAAGAUGGGCGAGCUCCACGAGAAACUCUCUCUCAGCCCGACUAUAAUUGAUCUCAGCCUCCUCUCGCGCGCGCUUCCGUUGAUAAUCCUGAGAGGCGAAGCCGUGCGGGACCGGGGGAACAACGAACCAGUCUGACCCCUCUACUCUCUGUCCCAGAGAGAAAGAGAGAGAGAGAGAGAGAGAGAGGUGGAUGCGAAAGAAAAAAGGGCGCCUCUCUCCCUCGAGAAGAAUCCAACAACGUGUUUUUACCGUCGCGAAAAAAAUCUCUUUUCUUCCACGAAGUCUCUUUGCGUAUCAUUCUCGAUCGAUUAACUCUGAAGCCUCUCGUGUUCUGAUGUUCUUGGUAAUAUGCUCUCCCUUCUAUGCGGCGAUCACGAAGGAAACCGAGGACGAGGAUACGUGUAUCUUUGAACGGGAAACGAACGAGGGAAAAAAUGAAAGAGCAAACUCGAUUCCGGUUUCAAGAUGGACGAACGAACAACAUAUCCAGUCUCUUCUGUCCGGUCAACUGUGAUCGUCCAAGAUCAUUUUCUUUUCUCCCCAACCUCGCACUGUGAAUGCAACUUACCACCGAGCCACACACUGACACCCGAAACAAAACACAUUCGACAAUUCGGGAAGGAAGAAAGCAAGCCUGUUCUAUUUUGCCAUGUGAUCGAACGCAACAGGAGCCCGUUCGUUGGCCGAUCGGUUCUCUCGGGACACCUCGGGGGGAUCGGUCUGGUUCCCGGCGAUCGGGAACGCUGUUGGUAUCAACGACGCCGAUGUCCAUUGGCGUUUUCGCAGAGGAGCGGCCCCGAGUAUUCUUUUCUGGAUCAUCCGUCGUCCAUCGUCCGUCAUCCAUCGUCCGUCAUCCAUCGUCUUCACUGGUCGUCGGCUGUUGGGCGGUCUCAAGCUCGACGCAUGUUUUUUGGUAUCGUUGACACAAUAAGAACACACGUUUACACUGCAUACGUACAAACCUUUAACAAAAAGCGCGAGUUUAUAUGUACAUAUAUAUAUUAGGUAUUAUGUACGGUAGGGAAAUAUCGUAUAUACGCGCGGGAGCGAACCGAAAAUUCAGCUUACGCGUGUAUGUGUCGUGUCGAAUUGUAUAUUAUCUGUUUUCUCGUCGAGUGGAGUAGAGAGAUCGAGUGAAAGACAGAGAGAGAGAGAGAGAGAGAGAGAGAGAGAAAGAGAGAAUGAAAUGUUUGCUUGAGUAGAGUGUACCAUGUUGAGCAUGCGCGAACGUUGAGUGGAGAGAAAGGGGAGCGUGUAUGUGUGCAUGGCUGUGUGCGAGAGUCAGAAACGAGGCAGAAUAUAACAUGAAAAAAUGAUAUGAAGUAAACAACUGUGAUUUU